CAUUUCCAUAAUAUCACCGUUGAACUAAUGAAGUGGAAGUACAGAUGAAAACAGUCUGGAGGAAGCUUGAAGUACAAUACAGUUCCAUUCAGUUUCCUAAUUCUAAGGAAACAAAGUUGGAAAAGUUACAAAAUCAUCUUUGCAGUCAAGCACCAAACCUUGUAUUAGGCUUCACCAAACAGACUAAGCUUAACAUUUGUCAAGCAGAAGGGCCAGUUGCCUUGCACAGAAAGGAUUAAAAGUGAACAAUGACUCGACUGAGAGUUUAUGAGCGAUUGCUUGGAGCCUACCUGCUUAUCAUUCUCCAUGUUCAAGGUCAAAAUCGAGACAGCAUGCUUCAUGGUACAGGAAUGAAGACAAAUCCUGACCAAAAGAAACAAGCAAAUGGAGUAACACUCGCUCCAGAGGACACCUUACCUUUUCUUAAGUGCUACUGCUCAGGACAUUGUCCAGAUGAUGCUAUUAAUAACACAUGCAUAACUAACGGGCAUUGCUUUGCUAUCAUUGAGGAAGAUGAGCAUGGAGAACCCACGCUUGCUUCUGGCUGCAUGAAGUAUGAAGGUUCAGAUUUCCAGUGCAAGGACUCACCUAAAGCACAGUUACGUCGAACAAUUGAGUGCUGUCGGACUGAUUUCUGCAAUCAGGAUUUACAACCAACUUUACCACCACUUGACAGUACAGAUGGACUUUUUGAUGGCAGCAUUCGUUGGAUGGCAGUGUUGAUUUCUAUGGCAGUCUGCAUAAUUGUCAUGAUCAUCUUAUUUAGCUGCUUUUGUUACAAGCAUUACUGUAAGUCAAUGGCAAAGAGGCACUGUUAUAAUCGUGACCUGGAACAAGAUGAAGCAUUUAUUCCAGCUGGGGAGUCAUUAAAAGACCUUAUUGACCAGUCACAGAGUUCUGGGAGUGGAUCAGGACUACCGUUGUUGGUUCAGCGCACUAUUGCCAAACAAAUUCAGAUGGUGAGGCAAGUUGGAAAAGGACGAUAUGGUGAAGUAUGGAUGGGCAAAUGGAGGGGUGAAAAAGUCGCAGUGAAAGUGUUUUUCACCACAGAAGAAGCCAGUUGGUUCCGAGAAACAGAGAUUUACCAAACUGUUUUAAUGCGUCAUGAAAACAUCCUUGGUUUCAUAGCUGCAGAUAUUAAAGGCACUGGCUCCUGGACACAGCUGUACUUGAUUACAGAUUAUCAUGAAAAUGGAUCAUUGUAUGAUUUUCUGAAAUGCACUACGCUAGACAACAGGGCUCUCCUCAAACUGGCGUAUUCUGCUGCAUGUGGUCUGUGCCACCUACACACAGAAAUUUAUGGGACACAAGGCAAGCCUGCUAUAGCACACAGGGACCUGAAGAGUAAAAACAUCUUGAUAAAGAAAAAUGGAACCUGCUGCAUUGCUGACUUGGGUCUUGCAGUCAAGUUUAACAGUGACACAAAUGAAGUUGACGUUCCCUUGAAUACUAGAGUGGGAACAAAACGUUACAUGGCUCCAGAGGUCCUAGAUGAAAGCCUGAAUAAAAACCAUUUCCAACCAUACAUCAUGGCUGACAUCUACAGUUUUGGGCUGAUCAUCUGGGAAAUGGCCCGGCGCUGCGUCACGGGAGGUAUUGUUGAGGAGUAUCAGUUGCCAUAUUAUGACAUGGUGCCAAAUGAUCCAUCCUAUGAGGACAUGAGAGAAGUGGUGUGUGUCAAACGCCUACGCCCAGUAGUAUCAAAUAGAUGGAAUAGUGAUGAAUGUUUAAGAGCAAUAUUGAAAUUAAUGUCUGAAUGCUGGGCUCAUAAUCCUGCCUCAAGGCUCACUGCCUUGAGGAUCAAGAAGACACUUGCCAAGAUGGUGGAAUCACAAGACGUAAAGAUUUGACAUAGUAAAUUGACGUUGGAGAGCAAAGCUGGACUCCUAGAUCUUUUCACUCAAACAUGGGUGAGACCUAUGUGGAAAGAGGAAAUAACUGAGAUUCAGUAUAUUUUCUCAGCACACUUCUACAGGCUGCUAAUCAAACCUUUCAGUACUUCAUAGACUGUGAUACUGAGAGCCUCUAUAUACUACAUGCUACGUAUAUGGACAGCCUUGAUAAAAUACACAUUUUGGUUUUGUUUGAGCUGCAUUGAGACUUCAGUCAUACUUAGUGAGUCUCCAGUAAAACUCUGGGUACUGAAUUGAAUGUUCAGAUUACAGUGCUUUCUGUGAAAGCCUAACAAGCUAUAUGGAUUCAACAGAGAUGGAGAAUAUAAGCUUUUUUUUGCCUUCUACCUGAUAAAACCUAGUCAAUCCAUACCAAGUUUUUGUGAAACAGCCUGUAUGUUAUGAAUCUGUUUGUGAUACUACUCAGUUUAACAAUUCCUUAUGCCUUUAUGUGUGUGCCAGGAUUAUUUUGCUGUCAUUUGGAAUAGCUAAGAAACCAUUUAAAUGAACAAAGUUUUAUGGUCAGGGCUCCAUGCAUUUUGUGGCUCCACAAUCAGAUUUGCUACAGAAUUUACUCCUUGCCAUUAAGUUAUCUUCCAGAAUUUCAGUUUUAAUUUUAUUUCUAUUCUUGUCUUGGUCACAAGGAGAACUGCAAAAAUGUGAACCAUUAAUAAAUUAAGGAAUGCCUACCUGAGUCUGUAGAGAGCUUGAAACAGUCUCUCUUAGAGGUAUAGACUGCCUUGGUCACCUCACUUACAGUCUAGUGGGCUCCAUAAUUGGAUGACUAUGAAAUUUGGCAUAUUUUUCACAAUGCCACAUGCAACCAGCAUUUUUGCUGUAGAAUACUUUACAUCUUAAUAGAAAGACCAUUGAUGAUGUGUUUUGCCUUUCUACUUUAUUGAGACUCACUGGUAGGUGUCUGUCAUGCUCUGAACUUCUUUCCAUACAGGAGGGAAUCAGUCAGCUGUAGGAGCACGCUUUUUCAUCAUUUGACAAAAAACUAGGCAGAAGAUGAGUUUUGAAAGGCUUGAGAACGAGUCUAAUUUACAGACACAAAAGAGGGAAGGCAGGAAGCGCAGGCCGGGCACUCAGAAGGUUAGAGAAUCCAGUAAAGGUCAAGACCAGGAGAACCAAGUAUGUGAACUCUUGAAGAUAAGAUCCACAACGUGCAGAACGUUUUGAGCUGGGUUGCCCUGAUGUAAAUGCAGGAGGCCACGUCUGUGGGCCACUUAGUGGACAGUUACAAAAUUCAAGAUUUGAGACAAGGUAAAUCAGUGGGUGUUUUAAGUUCUAGUUAGGCACAUUUGGGAGGAAUGUGAUUGAAAGGUAAUUCAUGAAGAUAAAGUAAGUUAACAUAAUUGCAAAAUUUGGUCCUAUUGUGCCAACUAUUUGGCGUGCACAGGAAACUGUAGUUCCCUCCUUUUCUUCACUGAUCCAGACAAGUUGGUUAAAAACCAGAACCCCUCCAUGAGGUUACUGUAAGGCAGAAUUACUGAUUUAUAACUCCUUUGGCACUUCUACUUUGAAGUUAGAAAAUAGUACCAUAAAGCAAGUUGAAGCUUCAAAUGUGUCAGUCAUCAGAAGAAUGAACACACAGUAUUGGAACCAUUGAACCUAUUUGAUAAUUUAAGUGCCUAUAACUUUGUACUGUAAAUCUUGUUCUAGAUAACUUUAAAAAGGGAAGUUAUUUAUACAGUGUGUUUUGUGCUUCAGUAAAAAAACCCACCUAGUCCUAGGUACGUGUGUACAAUUAGAUACAUGCACACACACACACACACGCCAUAGUCGAGAUUUGAAGAAAAAAGUUAGGAAUAAUAUUAAAAUUGAUGAAAAAAUGUUAAAACUUCAGAUUGAUUUAUGCCAGAUUAUUUGUUGUCUUAAAAUAUGUACAUGGAGAUUGUUUUAAUAUGCCUUUAAAUUUCCCUUGCAAAUACAACUGAUAGAAAACAAUGUAAUGCAGAACUAAUGUGAUUUGUGAACAAUUACAACCUUCUAACGUUAUUUUUUUGUUCUAAUUCUGUAGUUCACAUAAUGUAAAUGGUCAGGCAAAAGAUCGCAGUAUUUUUAUUUUCUAUUGUGAUGUACAGACUUUAUUUAACAGUUCUACAUAUUUUAUAGAAAACUAGCUAUUUCGAGGGACUCUUUUUUUUUUUUAAAUAAAGUCAUUACUUUUGUUCAGUAAUGCCUUUAAGUAUUAAUAUGUAUUCUGGCUGAAAAGUUCAUAGGUGUGUCAACUAUGAUUUUAACUUAUUUGAAAACAGCAAGAGAUAUAUGAUACUGUGCCACAAUCCUCAUGAAAAAGGGCUUUUUAAAAGAACAUUUCUCCGUCCAUUGCCAAGAAAUAUAUGAUGAGUUUGAAAUUGUUAAUCAUGUCUUCGCGCAUAAUUUUUGCACAGGUAGUUGGAAAAUAUUUGGUAUGAGCCAAAAAAAUUAAGGGAUAAGCUUUUUUUCCUUCUCUUGGAUUAUUAUCAAUAAGAAGAAAAAAUGUUUAUGUAAGUUCCCUGCUAGCUUAAAAUUUCAGAGCAUGGAGGGCUAUUUAAAUUCACCCAUUACUAUUUAGAAUAUAUUUUAUUUCUUUUAGAAGUAGACACAGUAUUAUUAGCUGUAAACUUCUUUUGUGAAUUUUUAAAUUCAUUUUUCCCAAGUCUUCAGGAAGCCAUUGCUGGAAGUGUGAAUUUCAAUAGUUUUUAAUUAUUCACUUAUUUUCUCCUCCAUUGUUUAGGCAUUUGCAAGGCAAUAGGAUGGUGAUCUUUGGUAGACAUCUUAAGACCUGAAUGGAUAUACACAUUCACUUAAACACAGAAGUGAGCUGACUGCUGCAAAGAUGAUCUUUGAGAGAGAAAAAAUCUUUUCCCCUUAAGCUUAACCUUAAUUUUUCAGCACUUCAGUUACUAGGUUCAUACUCAAAGAUACCAUGGAUAUGCAGUUGUCAUUGUCCUGAACAGGAGCUCCUAGGUCUUUAGCAUUCCUUGAUUCCCUGAUAUUCCAAAAAAAUGUUAUUGCUAAAGGACCUGGUUGCAUAAAGCACUUGAGCACAUAUCUACAUUCCAUGCAGUCAUUCACUGUUUGGAGCCUAAGUAUGUCUAUACAGAUAUUUUAGCAAUCACUUGGAAAAAAAAAACUUUGCUCAAAGCUAGCCCAUUAAUUUUUACAUAAUUAAGCACACUUAGUGCAGAUUCUAAAGCUAAGUUGUUGCUUUAUGCAAAACUGUAAGGUUCAGAAGCCUUUAAGGUCAGGGAAGGUAGUAGGAUUCUUCUGUUAGAGUGUGAUUAAUCUCAUUUUGUUGCUCAAAAUUUUAAGACAAUCUGACAGUCCAAAAAAAAAAAGCCCCCAAAACUGGCAAAUGUGGUUUUAAUUCUUUUUUUAAAAUAUAAAAAUCAGAACUGUGGAAAAUAUCUUGGGGAGUAUCAAGACUGUGCCUUGGAAGUUCUUAAACACUCACAUACGGAGGGAUUUUUUUUUUUAUUUAUAUGACCUGCUCCAUGUGAUUUCAGUUAGUUGGAAAAUAAUUUGAGUCACUUAUAUAAUUCUUACUGUUACAGCAACUGAAAGGAAAGUUUCCAUGUUCCUGGUUAACUUGUAAAUUCCACAAGAAACGUGAUACUCCUACAGAAAAAUGUAGGCUUACAUUUUGAGUUUAUUCCGAGUUUUACUCAAUGUGUAAUUUUUCCUGAGUUUUACUCAAGAAACUGACAGUUUUCCCAAUAUUCAUCACUUUUCCCCAAUUAUUUUCUUAAUUAGUCUAUUUUGAGGUAUUGAAUAAAAUGUAAAAUUAAUAUUUUAAGUUACCUCUGUAGUAGUCUAGAAUCAAAUUUUAGAUCUUGAUCUACAUGACCAUUUGAAUGUGUUUAUAAAACAAAUCAGUUGGAUACGUUUCAUGUACUCUACCUUCAGACUGUAUUUUAAGGGUCUAAAAUGUUUGAAAAGCAAAGAUACUAAGUUAAAAAACAUUCUUUGGCUAUUGCAGAUAUUUUUAAAGGGAAGUUACGUGCUCAUCUUCUGUCAAAUAUUAGAAUGAUUUAGCACUUCCUCAUUCUUCUGACAGCGCCUCUGAAGUCAAAAGUCUUUAUCCGGCGCCCACAAUCUUUAUUCCAAAUAGGGGUGAUGUCUAAAAAUGGCUGGCAAUGUUGCACGAUACAGUCCUUUAUGCAGCCACGGUGUAUUAGCCUUGGUUGGUAUAGCAGAAGUGGAGUGCACAUUACUUCCAAUUUUUGAACAAAUCUCAUGUAAUUGUUGCUUUGUAAUAUUUUACCUUUGAAUGCAAUUAUAGAAGCCCACAUCAGGUAGUGACAUUUGUGCUCUGACAUGCCAUGCCCAAAAUGAAAUGUACUAUAUUGUAUACAAGAAAAAUAAAUAACAUUGUAGUUAACCUAGAGAAGAUGUAAAUAAAAUAUGAAAGAAGAGUGGAACAAGACAAAUGGUCACACUCUUGUGUGUGUUAUAUGCCAGAAGUGUAGAAUACUCCUUUAAAAAUGUAACACACUAAUGUAUUUUGUACAGCAUCUGCUUUAGAAGGUGCCUUAUUGAGUUUACCAUGAAUUGCUUGUUCUGUACACAGAUUAUGUCCAAUGUAUCAUUUUUAAGUAAAUAACCUUAUUUUAGUACACAUUAGUUAUGUGUUUUGUUACUAUAAGAUUUUGCCUUAAAAAUGUAAUGACUUGGAAAUCAUAAUACUGUAACUAAAUAAUUCCCUACUUU